CAUAAUUGAUUGAUUGAUUUGUGAUAAUAACCAAAUAACCUAGAAAUCGUUACCAGAUAAAAACUUUAACAUAAAAAAUAAUAAUUUUCAAAUCUAGAAGGCAUUGUUAAAAUGAUUAAGAAAUGUAUUAAUAUAGAAAUAAGUCAGUGCCAGUGAAAAUAAUAGUAAAAAUGAAGAAAAUUCGGUACCUAUAUUUAGCGAAACCUUUGAAACUAUAUGGAUUACUAAUUCUUAUCUUGGCAGGAAUGAGCUUAUUUUACUUCCUACGAAAAAAACCUAAUGAAUCUUACAGCGUGAAGAAACGAGAACAGGAAAAUAAUUAUAUGUUUAAUGAAUUUGAUGAACCUGCUCACCAGAGGAAUAUACCGUUUGAAGGUGAAAAAAUUGUUCAUUUCGAUCUCAAGGGUGCACCACCUAAAAUUUCUUAUUAUUUAAAACUAUUUCCUUUAUUAUCAAAACUUGGUAGUACUGGUAUUUUAAUGGAAUAUGAAGAUAUGUUUCCAUAUUCUGGUGAAUUAAAUAAUAUUUCGGCAUUAAAUGCAUAUAGCUUGGAAGACAUAAGAAAAAUUAACGAAAUGGCCAAAGAAAAUAAUCUUAAAGUUAUACCUUUAAUACAAACUUUUGGGCAUAUGGAGUUCAUUUUAAAAUUAUCAGAUUAUAAGAAUUAUAGAGAAGUACCUGCCUACCCACAAGUCAUCUGUCCGACUCAUGAAAAUACCUUAAAAUUAAUAACGGCUAUGAUCGAACAGGUUAUAGCAGCACACCCUGGUGCAGAAAUGAUUCAUAUUGGGGCUGAUGAAGUUUAUUACUUAGGCAUUUGUAGUAGAUGCACAGAUGCAAUGUUAAAGUACAACUUGUCUAAAAAUUUAUUAUUUCUGGAACAUAUAAAUAAUAUUAUUGAUAUUAUAAAUAGAAGGUAUCCUCAUAUCAGAAUAUUAAUGUGGGAUGAUCAAAUUAGAUCAAUAAGUUUGGAGGAUCUGAAAAAAGAACAUUUCAUUGACAACAUUGAACCGGUGGUAUGGAGAUAUACUAAAGAUGUGUAUGAAGAAUUAGGUCCCACUUUAUGGAAUAGUUAUAAUAAAGUUUUUACAAAGGUUUGGGCAGCUAGUGCAUUUAAAGGGGCCACAGGUAGUAAUCAGUUUGUGUCGGAUGUUACACAUUAUUUGCAAAAUCAUCGCAGUUGGUUGUCGUUAAUCCAGGAGUACAAAGAUCAUGUCAACUUCCAAGGAAUAAUAUUAACAGGUUGGCAGAGAUAUGACCAUUUUGCUGUAUUAUGUGAACUACUUCCUGUUGGUAUUCCAACUCUAGCGAUGAGUUUAAGAUUACUUUUAGGUUACAGCGAUUCACCGUUAAGUCCACCAACAGAAGUUGCAAAAAUUUUACAGUGUGAGCAACCUUAUGCCCUAAUUGGCUCCGUUUUUGGUAGCCCUCAUUGUUCAUAUCCUGGUGGAAACAUACUGGAAUACGUUUUACAUCUUCAACAAUUAAAACAAGAAUUUGAAACAAUACUAGAAGACCCCAGAGUACAUGGUUGGUUAGAUAAUUACAACAUCGAGCAUAAAUUUUCCAAUCCCAAUCACGUAGAUUCUGUAACAGCGCCGUUAAGUAGAAUAAAAAGCGACCUCAGUCAAAUCGAUAAUGGUAUCACAACGGCAAUGUACGAAAUCUAUGACAACUACACGAUUGAGGAAUGGAAAGAAACUUACAUAAAACCUUUUGAGAAAAGAAUUAAUGCUAUGUGGGAAGCUAAGAAAAAUAUCCUCUCUAAAGAUUCUUGGCCUAGAAGACCGUUACGUGAUGAAAUUUGAAAAUAUUUAAAUUUCACCUUCAUUUGAUUGAUUUAGUAGCAAUGUAACUUGUGAAUCAUUCAUUUACUUUGUGGACAUUCAUUAAGAGACAUAAUUUAGUUCUUGAUAAUACAGUCAUCAAUUUAAAAUUAAAUCUAUAUAAAAUUGCAAAUAGAUUUAAAGAGCAUUAAUUUUUUUCUGUUUUGAGUCUGAUAAUUUUUUUACAAGUUGCAGAGAAAAUUAUCAAUUUUAAAGCACAUGCUUUGGGCUUUGCAACAUGAAUUUACAAGUUAACAGUAUACAGGGGAAUUGUCGACUUAUGAUCAAAUACGAUUCUGUGGUUUAAUAAACUUAAUUAAAGAGACUUAAAAAGAAUAACUGAUGCUGAGGACAGUUGCCCGUAGCAUUCUCUUCAGUGACUAAUUUUAAAAUUGCAACAAAUUUUCAGUAUUUUCGUAAAAAAAUCGAAUCUCUUGAAUGAAUAAAGAUUAAAAUGAUUAAAAAAAAUAAAUAACGAAGCUUAUUAAAAUUAAUAUCAAAAUUAUUCUACAGAGAAUAGAUGGAAACAUUUCUUUAUCCUGUAUACUGCAAGUUAUACAUUUUUUUUACAAAUCCCAAAGCCUGGACUUAAAAAUUGACAUUUUUAACCAAAACUUGUAAAAAGAAUCAUUAAACUCACAGAAAAAAAAUAUGGGUUGAAUUUGAAGUUGGUGAACGUAUAUUAAAUUUUCAAAUUAUACCAAAUGUUUAAGACUCAAAAACUAUUUGCUCAAUUAAAUGUGGUAGAAAUAUUUGACAAAUUUUUCGGGAUUAACUUCUUUGAAUAAAUAAUAUAUAGACAAAAUUUUUAUAUUUUUGAAUUUUCACUAUUGCCCCCUGAAAAAGCAGCAAUGUACUGAAUGAAUUGAAAUAAAAGUAUGUAAACCUUUAUAAAAAUAAAUAAACAUUAAUAAUCUGGAAAGCAUUACAUGUUUUAAGGUCAAUGCUACUUCUGUAUCGAUAUUUAUUACAUUUACACAUAAACCUAAACUAUAUAUUCUAUUAAACCCAAAAAAAAUUGUGCCAAAUUUUGAAUAACUUAAAUCUUUGAUAAUUGAGCAGAAUUGCUACUUUCAAAUUUAAAGUAGCAUUAUAGUAUGCUUAUACCUACAGUGUGUACGAUAUUUAUUGUGAUAGAAUUCCAAGAAGACCCCUGUGUUGCUUUCUUGGAAUUAACCGCAUUCCACAUCCGAGGUAAAAAGAUAUUUGCGGAAAAUUUCAAACCAUGCCCCUGCCUUUUAAAUUCAACAGCAGGGGUAGAAAGACAGUUGUUCCGAUAAUUUUCUUGGAAUUCUAUCUCAACAAAUAUUGUACGAACUGUAAUGUGCAGCUGUCCAAAAGAAAUGAUUAGAUUUUAAGAUUUCCUGAAAAUAAAUUAAGAAUUGUAAUGUUAAAAUUACAGUUUGUUGAUAAUUUGUAAUUUAUUAUUCUGUAAUAAAAAGAUUAUAUAAAAUUAAUUAAAUGGUGAGAAUCCUAUUCAUUUAUGAGGAAAGAAAAAGAAAUCGUUAGAACAUUUUUUUUUAUUUUUUUGUGAUGCGCAGUAUUUCUGUUGCUUUCAAAAAAGUUUUGUAUUUGUAUAAAAAAAUUUUUUCUCAUGAAUUCAAUCUACCAACAAGAAUCUACAGCAUAAUUAAAAAUUAGUUUAUAUUUAUAAAUAUUUUCUUUCGAAACUGUGAAUUUGUGAUUUUUUAAUUUAAAAAUCAUUGUUCAUCAGAACAAUAAUUUGGGAUUACGUUAUAUUGCAUAAAUCAAAUAUAAUUACUUAUUAUUAUUUUUUUAGGUCAUUACUUUUGUUAUUUUAGAUCUGUUGAAUUUAACGGAUUCAUUCACGACCUCUUUAACACCAUUUUUUCACGUUAUAAAAAUAGACAUAAACUUAUAUCACUUUCAGAUUUUUUCAUUUCCUGAACACACCAUAUAUACAAACUUCAAUGUAUAUUUUACUCUAAUGAAAAGCUAAACUUUUUACAAAGAAAUAUUUUCUCCUAUAAAAUAAAAAUAAAAAAGUGUAUUAAUUUAAUUAAAAAUUAACUUUCUUGGUAUCGACAAUCGUUAAAUAAAACUAAAAAUUUCUUUCAAUUUUGUUUCUGAAAAUAUACCGAAUUGAACAAAGUUAUGUCAUAUGUAAUAAUAGUAAAUUAAUGAAACCAAAAACAAAAUACUAAAAAUGUCAUUUAUUGGUUUAUAUUUGUUACAAAAUUAUUACACUAUUCUGAUUUGUUUUAUUCUCAAUAUGGCUUAAUUCAUAGUCACAAAAACGGGGAGAAGUUCUAUCUACAUUUUCAAUGGAAAUUUAAAUGAAACAUCCAAAACAGACUUGAAAUCCAACCAUUAGUAUGAUGGCAAGGAUAAUAAUUGCAAAAUUUACGUCUAAUAUAUACAGGGUGUUCCUAAAUAUCAUGUACAUAAGGGAGGGGGUAAU